AUGAUCACAAGGCCGAGCCGGCAUAGCGAUAUACAAGGCAUUGUGCCCAUUCAAACCACUGCCAAAACCAAGAUAUGCAACUACUCAGAAGCUCUGAUUCUAUACUUUCCCAAUCCGAAGACUGUAACUGGUGACGAUGUCCUGGAGUUGCACGUUCAUGGAGGGUCGGCAACUGUGAAGGCAGUACUGGCAACCAUUCCGAAAUGUUCCGCUGCACAUCGUAUUCGAUACGCAGAACCGGGCGAGUUUACGAAGCGCGCCUUCUUUAAUGACCGGUUGGAUCUUGCCCAGAUCGAAGCACUGAGUGACACCCUUGCAGCAGAAACAGAACAGCAACGUCGUGCAGCUGUGCGUGGUAACUCUGGCUCCCUCGGUCGCCAAUACGAGGCAUGGAGGGAACAGCUAUUGUUGGCUCGAGGAGAAAUCGAAGCGUUGAUUGACUUCUCGGAAGACCAACAUUUCGACGAGUCUCAGGCAGAGCUGCUACAGAAUGUAACAUCGCAAGUUGCUAGGAUGCUACACAGCAUUGAGCUGCAUGAGCAAGGGAGUCAACGAAGUGAGCUCCUCAGAAACGGAAUUCGUAUUGCACUGUUGGGUCCACCCAACGUCGGCAAGAGCUCCUUAAUGAAUCUGAUUGUUGGACGGGAGGCUUCCAUCGUGUCAGGCGAAGCAGGGACUACGCGAGAUAUAGUAGAAGCAAGCUUGGACAUUCGCGGCUAUUUAUGUUCUUUUGCAGAUACGGCAGGAUUUCGAUCCAAGAGCUCACGGAUGACCGACGGGGCUGACAGUGGCGCAAUUGGGGCCGUGGAAGAAGAAGGAAUACGGCGAGCUAAACAACGAGCUUUGGAGUCGGAUCUUGUCAUUGUCCUCGCGUCAGUAGAAGAGGGCCCGGGGGGUUUCUUCCUACAAUACGACGAGGAAACGCUUGAUCUUGCUGCUGGGGCGGAAGACUGUCUAGUUGUUGUCAACAAGCAAGAUGCAGUUGACGAGGCGGAAUUUGAGAAGCUUAUACAUGACUUUCGAAAGUGUGCUCAAAUUCGAGCCCCCAAGCUAGCGGCGGCGGAGCUAGUGUCGAUCUCGUGCAAGGAGGCUCAGACAGGGUCAUGGGAGAACAAGGACCCGGGCGGUAUUCAGGCCGUGAUUACCAGGCUCGUGGCUUCCUUUGAAAAGAUGACAUCCAUGCCUGUUGAUCUCCAGGAUUUGCUAGGUGUAACAGAACGCCAACGCCAACUUUUGAUCAAGUGCCGCCAACAUUUGGAAGAUUUCAUGGUAGAAGCGACCCCGGAGGAAGGUAUGGACGCAGACACGGUCCUCGCAGCUGAAUAUCUGCGAUAUGCUGCGGACUGCCUUGCUCGGAUCACAGGACGGGGUGAGUUUGGAGACGUGGAGGAUGUUUUGGGUGUAAUCUUCGAGAAGUAA